UAUAGCACAGAUCAAGAUAAACAGCUAAGACACGCAACUAGAUCCAUGGCUGCAGCACCCUCAUCUGUCCGCAUUUCCAUCAUCCUACUUCUCCUCCUACUCUCAGUCAUCUCCACGUCUUCUUCUUCUUAUUAUUAUUCAGUUCCGGCUAAUGGCAGCGACACGGACCUCGCCGCGCUGCUGGCUUUCAAAGCCCAGCUUGCCGACCCUCUCGGUGUAUUGGCAGGCAACUGGACUGCCGGCACAUCUUUCUGUCACUGGAUCGGUGUCUCGUGCAGCCGCCGGCGGCAGCGCAUCACUGCUCUAGCCUUCUCGGACACACCCCUCUUUGGAUCUUUGGUUCCUCACCUCGGUAACCUCUCUUUCCUCUCUGUUCUUGAUAUUACCUAUGCAAACCUCACCGGUUCCAUCCCUCAUGAGCUCGGCAGGCUACGUCGGCUUUGGUAUCUUCGUCUUGUAGGAAAUAGCCUAUCAAAUGCCAUUCCUACAUCCCUAGGGAAUCUCAGAGGGCUCGAGUCAAUCAAUCUAAGUUAUAACCAACUCACCGGCCAAAUCCCUCCCGAGUUGUUAAUUCGUAUGCCGAAACUUGAGACGAUUUUUCUGGCUGGGAACAAAUUAAGUGGCCAAAUACCAUCCAAUCUAUUUGAUAACACACCUUCAUUGAGAGUCAUCAACUUUGACACCAAUAGGCUCUCGGGCCAAAUUUCCCCUGAGUUGUUAUUUCGUCUGCGUAAACUUGAGAUGUUUUCCCUAUCUGAAAAUGACUUGAGUGGCCAAAUACCACCGCACCUAUUCAGUUACACGCCUUCCUUGAGGAAAAUCUACUUUAACAACAACAUGAUCUCUGGCCAGAUCCCACCUAAGUUGUUAAGUUGUCUAGGGAAACUUGAGGUAAUUGCUAUGUAUCAAAAUGAACUGAGUGGCCAAAUACCACCCAAUUUGUUCAAUAGCACGCCUGCUCUGAGCUACAUUUACUUCCACAAUAACAAACUCUCGGGCCAGAUCCCUCCUGAUAUGCUACUACCUCUUCAUAACCUUAGAUAUAUUACUCUGUCUGAAAAUGAGCUGAGUGGUCAAAUACCUCCUUAUUUGUUCAAUAACACACCGUCCUUGGAGUACAUUGAAUUUGGAAACAACAGCCUAUCAGGUCCCAUUCCACAAACCAUAUACAACAAGUCCAUGUUGCAAUACAUUUCAUUCGGGAACAACAACCAUAUUGGAACGAUUCCAAACAAUCAUAGUUUUAGCCUCCCAAUGUUGCAAACUCUUAACCUCGGUCCAAACAAAUUUACCGGUAGGAUUUCAUUGGGGAUUGCAUCAUGUCAAUAUCUCGAAGAACUAUUUUUGAAUGACAAUUCUUUUUUGGAUGUUGUUCCCUUAUGGUUAGGUAGAUUGCAACACCUCAAAUAUCUUUCGUUGGGUGGAAAUAACCUUGUAGGCUUGAUCCCAGCUGCUAUCGGCAAUCUCACUAGUCUUAUUGCGCUGGACCUAUCUCACUGCAACCUCAAAGGAAACAUUCCACUAGAAUUAGGGCUAAUGCAAAAGCUUUCCUAUCUUCAUCUUGGAUCAAAUGAACUUACUGGUACAAUUCAACCUUCCCUCGGUAAUUUAUCCAAGUUGAAUUUCCUCUAUUUGGAUAAGAAUAAAUUAUCCGGCUUAGUACCACCAAAACUUGGCAACAUAGCAACAUUGGAAAGGUUUAUUCUACAAAGGAACUAUCUAGAGGGAAAUGUGGAGUUCUUAUCUGGUUUAUCUAAUAGCAGAAGCCUCCAACUGAUUGAUGUAUCGAGUAAUUCUUUCACGGGUGCCCUCUCUGACUAUGUAGGAAACCUCACUUCACAGUUAAUCACAUUCGUUGUAUCUGAUAACAAGUUGGUAGGUGGAGUUCCAACAACAAUUUCAAACAUAAGUAGCAUAGAAUGGAUAGAUCUUUCUAAUAACCAAAUCAUCGAACCAAUUCCAGAAUCUAUCACUAUGUUACAAAAUCUUGUGUUGCUUGAUCUCUCUAGCAAUAACAUUUUGAGUGCUAUACCAAUAGAAAUGGGCAAGCUUGGGAGUCUACAACGGUUGUUUCUCGAAAGAAACAAAUUAUUUGGAGCUAUACCAAGUAGCUUCAGUAAUCUCAGUAGUUUAGAGAAAAUCGAUUUGUCCAAUAACCAGUUAUGUUCAAUGGUACCUGAAAGCCUAUUCAGCCUUGAUAAGCUUGUCGAACUCAACCUUUCUUUCAAUUCUUUUGUCGGUGCACUACCGCUGGAUGUUUCUCGACUAAUACAAACAUAUCAAAUGGACCUUUCUUCUAACUUCUUCCUAGGAAGCAUCCCACAGUCAAUUGGACAACUUAAGAUGCUAGCCUAUUUAAAUCUAUCACACAACUCAUUCGGAGGCCCAAUAGAAAACCCACUUCAAAAGCUAACUAACUUAGUAUCAUUGGACCUAUCCUUCAAUAACCUCUCUGGUACCAUUCCUAUGUUCCUUGCAAACUUUACCAACUUGACUACAUUGAAUCUUUCAUUCAAUAGACUAGAAGGACAAAUACCAGAGGGUGGUGUUUUCUCAAACCUCCUAUUGCAAUCUUUGACUGGGAAUGCUGGGCUAUGUGGCGCUCCACGCCUAGGAUUUUUGCCAUGUGUUGACGAAUCUCAUUCAACUAACAAACUAUCGCUAGAAUUUCUACUUCCCAUAGCCAUGGUUGUUUUUGGCUGUAUUGCUACCUGCUUAUACCUAUGGAUCAACAAAAAACACAAGAACAAGAGAGGGGUCAAAAUGUAUGUUGAUCCAACUGAUGGAAUAGGCCAUCAGAUCGUCUCGUACCGUGAGAUCACUCAGGCCACAAAUAAUUUCAACGAAGAUAACAUGUUGGGGUCCGGAAGUUUUGGAAAAGUAUUCAAGGGGCAAUUGAGUGGUUUGGUAGUCGCGAUAAAAGUUCUUGACAUGCAACUGGACCAGGCCAUGAGAAGCUUUGACGUUGAGUGUAGUGUGCUUCGCAUGGCACGACACCGCAAUCUAAUACGAAUACUCAACACGUGUUCCAACCUAGACUUUAGAGCACUUGUAUUUCAAUACAUGCCAAAUGGCAGUUUAGAGAUGCUAUUGCACCGGUCUCAGAGUACAGUGCACUUGGGUUUCCUCGAGAGGCUCAAUAUCAUGCUCGACGUGUCGAUGGCAGUAGAGUAUCUGCAUCAUCAGCAUUACGAAGUGAUUUUGCACUGUGACUUGAAGCCGAGCAACGUGUUGUUUGACGCGGACAUGACCGCACAUGUGUCAGACUUCGGCAUUGCAAGGUUGCUUCUAGGUGAUGACAACUCCAUAAUUUCUACAAGCAUGCCUGGAACAGUGGGCUACAUGGCACCAGAGUACGGAUCUCUUGGAAAAGCAUCACGGAAGAGCGAUGUGUUCAGCUACGGGAUCAUGCUCCUAGAAGUCUUCACUAGAAGAAGACCCACUGAUGCUAUGUUUGGAGGUGAAUUAACCCUUAGGCAGUGGGUUCACCAUGCAUUUCCCACAGAGCUUAUGGGUGUUGUGGAUGACCAGAUACUACAAGGCUGCUUUUCUAGCUACGACUUGGCCAAUGGAUUUCUUGUGCCAGUAUUUGAGCUAGGUUUGCUCUGUUGCAGUGACUCGCCUGACGAGAGAACAACGAUAAGCAACGUGGUUGUGAGGUUGAAGAAGAUCAAAGCAGAGUACACCAAAAAGGCAGCAACGACAUCACGUGGUGUGGCACAACAAUUGAUCUCCCAUGCUCCUCCCUCUCGCUCAGUGCUCAUCGAGGACAAUGAGAGGCCAUCAACGACUAGCUAGCUCCAUCCAGCAUAUGUGUACUUUCAAUAAGUUUAAUUUCAAAAAUGGUAGAAUAAAUCCCAUAGUAGUUAGUAAAGUAAACCAAGAGCCCAUUACAUACAGCAAACCAGGUGCUAGAAGGGAACCUUAUGUUACCUUUCAACGGGAGCUGGAAGGGAUCCUUUUUUAUGUAACCAUGUAAAGAUAAAUGUACGAUACAACACAAUAAAAGGUCA